ACUACAUAUUUUGGCCUUGUUUCGAACUGCUGCUUCUUCAUUUCUAACUCAAAAAUUAAGUUUUAAUUGCAUUCUCCAAAAUGAUUCCCAUUGAUCCCCACAAUGAGAUGGCUUAUUCUGUCGUGGUCUUCGGAGCCUCAGGGGGUUUGGCCAAGCAGAAGGUAUUUCCAGCGCUUUGGGCACUGUACCGGGAAAAUCGACUGCCGCAGGGCACCAAGAUAUUCACUUUCUGCAGGACCCCGCUGCAGACGAAGGCCUACCGGUUGCAGGUGCUGCCCUUCAUGGAGCUAGACAAGAAUCGGGACCCGAAGAAGUACAACCUCUUCUGGACGAACGUGUUCUGUGUGCAGGGCGAGUACGACAAGCCGGAGCACUAUGUGGCCCUCGCGGAGGCGAUGAUACGCCAGGAGACGAAGCACAACCAGGUGCAUGCGAACCGGAUCUUCUACUUGGCCCUGCCGCCAGUCGUCUUCGACCAGGUGACCCUCAAUGCCAGCCGUAAGUGCAGCUCCUCCACGGGCUGGACCAGGAUCGUGGUGGAGAAGCCGUUUGCCCGUGACGACGUCUCCUACCGGGUGUUCCAGACGUCGUUGUGCAACAGCUUCCGGGAGUCGCAGAUCUACCUGAUGGACCAUCUCCUCAGUCGCCAGGUGAUGCAGAACUUCUUCGCACUGCGCUACUCGAACCACCUGUGGGGCGAGACCCUGAACAACCGCCACGUGGCGGCGGUGAUGAUAUCAGUGAAGUGCGCUCUCCCGGUGCAAGCGAGUCGGGCGGACUACUUCAACCACUCCGGCAUCAUUCGCGACUUGAUGACCAACUACAUGAUCCAGAUGCUGGCCAUGCUGGCCAUGGACCAGCCGUAUGCGAACACCGCCGACGACCUGAGGGUCGAGCGGCUGAAGGUCCUUCGCCAGGUGCUUACCCCAAACAUGGGCGACGUGAUACUGGCCCAGUAUCGCAACAACCGGCGGGAGGCGGACCCGGCAAAGUGCGGAUACACGGAGCACAGCUACAUCCCCAAGGACUCCUUCACUCCCACCUUCGCCCUGGUGGUGCUGCACAUCAACAGCCGCCGCUGGUCCGGGGUGCCCUUCAUCCUGCGGGCCGGAAAGGCCCUGAACGACAGCAAGACGGAGGUGCGCAUCCAGUACAAGCCGGUGGACUGCGACUCGUUCCACAGCGACAGUGCGGACGUGAGGAACGAGUUGGUCCUGCGAUCCUUCCCCACGGAAGAGGUCUUCAUGCGGAUGCGGCUGAAGCGGCAGGGCGAAGAUCUCUGCUUGCGCGAGAGCGAGAUUAACCUGCGGGUGGACGAUCGGGGACCGAAGGGCAUCCAAGGCCUGCCCGGGUUCCUGCUCAACGUCUUCCACGGCGACCAGACGCUCUUCAUGCGCACCGACGAGCAGUGCGAGAUCUGGCGGAUAUUCUCCCCGAUCCUCAACUCAAUCGACACGGAUAGACCCCGUCCGCUGCACUACGACUUUGGCUCCCGGGGUCCCUUGCUGGCCUAUCGCAAGGCGGAGCGGGCGGGCUUCGUCUUCUUUGCCUCGGACGAGUGGCACCAGAGCGAGGAGACGCUGGAGUACACGGUCAAGCGGAGCAAGCAGCUCAUCGGGCCCUACACCGCCCUCAAGCCGGUCAGGGAGCCUCGCUCCAAAAGGACCACGAAGCUUAGCUCCUAGUCCUAAGGCGGAGGGCUAAUAAAAUCAAGGAAAGUUUUUUAAUUAAACAAGUGCAGGGCACCAGCUGGCCAACUCUUUACCUUGACCGCUCCACUGGCUCAGCCCAACUUAUCAACACUUUCCGUCCCGUUCGGUUCUGUUUUGUUCUGCAGUUGUUGCCGAUUUUUCUGGUGAGGAUGUUGCUCCUGGAGGGUGUAAACAACACGCAUGCCUUGGACAAAGGGCUGAGGAGACAAAAGAGCUACGGGAACCAUCGAAUUCCCUAGGAAUUAUAUCAGCUAAUAAUUCUAUAUUCCAUUCUCCUAAAUUAUUUACCUAUUCUUCAGAGAUUGAAGAUCAAAUCAAAAUAUAUGUAUGCUUUUCAUGAUAA